AUGGCGUCAGCUUCUCCAACUCUUUCAUUUUCCGCUUUUAUUACAUCUUCUUCUUCCUCCUAUUCCCCUAAACUUCUUUCCAGAACCUUCUUCCCUUCCCCACAGACUCCAACAAUUCCACAUAAAAUUAUCUCCAGUCUCCGCCGUUUUCCUAACACCAACGCCGUUUCCACCACACCAAAUGCUCCACCAAUCGAGACGUUCACUUCCCAAUUUGCUCCUGAUGAACCUAGAAAAGGAUGCGAUGUUAUCAUUGAAGCGCUCGGGCGUGAAGGCGUCACCUAUGUAUUUGCUUACCCUGGUGGCACUUCAAUGGAAAUUCACCAGGCUCUCACCAGCUCUCCAACCAUCCGGAAUGUAUUGCCACGUCAUGAACAGGGUGGCAUUUUUGCGGCUGAAGGGUAUGCACGCGCCAUAGGGUUCCCUGGUGUUUGUAUGGCCACCUCUGGCCCUGGAGCUACUAAUCUUGUCAGCGGUCUUGCUGAUGAUAUGACGGAUAGUAUUCCAAUUGUUGCUAUUACAGGUCAAGUUCCUCGUAGGAUGAUCGGGACAGACUCAUUUCAAGAAACUCCAAUUGUUGAGGUGACUAGAUCAAUUACCAAGCAAAAUUAUCUAGUUAUGGACGUUCAUGAUAUCCCUAGGAUUGUACGAGAGGCGUUUUUCCUAGCGCGAUCAGGCCGACCUGGACCGGUUCUAAUUGAUAUUCCUAAAGAUAUUCAGCAACAAAUGGUGAUUCCUAAUUGGAAUCAACCAAUGAAGUUGACAGGUUACAUGUCCAGACUCCCUGAACCACCAAAAAAGAUGCUCUUGGAGCAAAUUGUUAGACUAAUUUCUGAGUCAAAAAAACCAGUUUUAUAUGUUGGCGGUGGGUGCAUACAAUCGUGCGAGGAGUUAAGGCGCUUUCUGGAGCUCACAGGUAUUCCAGUGGCCAGUACUUUGAUAGGUCUCGGAGCGUUUCCGACAGGUGAUGAGUUUUCCCUUCAAAUGCUAGGAAUGCAUUGUACUGUUUAUUCUAAUUACGCUGUGGAUAGUAGUGAUUUGCUGCUAGCAUUUGGAGUGAGGUUUGAUGACCGUGUCACUGGUAAAAUAGAAGCUUUUGCAAACAGAGCAAAGAUUGUUCACAUUGAUAUUGACGCUGCGGAGAUUGGUAAGAACAAGCAACCUCAUGUAUCCAUUUGUGCAGAUAUUAAGUUGGCAUUACAGGGCUUGAAUUCAAUAUUGGAGAGAGAAAUAAAUAAACUGAAGCUGGAUUUCUCUCCCUGGAGGAAAGAGUUGACAGAGAAAAAAUUGAAGUACCCGUUGAAGUAUAAAACUUUUGGUGAAGCCAUUCCACGACAAUAUGCCAUCCAGGUGCUUGAUGAGUUAACUAAUGGAAAUGCCAUUAUAAGUACCGGUGUAGGCCAACACCAGAUGUGGUCUGCUCAAUAUUAUAAGUACAAAAAUCCAACGCAAUUGUAGACAUCCGGUGGAUUAGGUGCAAUGGGAUUUGGAUUUCCUGCUGCGAUAGGAGCAGCUGUUGCAAGACCGGAUGCGAUUGUAGUGGACAUUGGUGGAGACGGAAGUUUCAUGAUGAAUGUGCAAGAGUUAGCAACAAUUAGAGCGGAGAAUCUUCCUGUUAAGAUGUUGAUUCUAAAUAAUCAACACUUGGGAAUGGUGGUCCAGUGGGAGGACCGGUUCUAUAAGGCGAAUAGAGCACAUACCUAUCUCGGAAAUCCUUCUAAUGAAGCAGAGAUUUUUCCUGAUAUGUUGAAAUUCGCGGAGGCUUGUGAUAUACCUGCUGCUCGAGUGACAAAAAAGAAUGAUGUUAGAGGUGCUAUACAAAAGAUGUUAGACACUCCCGGACCUUACUUGUUGGAUGUAAUAGUACCUCACCAGGAGCAUGUUUUACCUAUGAUUCCCAGUGGUGGUGCUUUCAAAGAUAUUAUCACAGAGGGUGAUGGGAGAUCUUCCGACUGAUUUUUCCAUCGACGAGUGAACUGUAAUGGAAGAGCAAGGGAUACAAAGAAGUAAUAAAAGAGAUGCACAUACCAAUUAGUUGUAUAAAUCGAAUUUUUGAAUUUGGAAUGAUGAAAUAUAGCUAGUUCUAGGCCUUUUAUUAUUUUAAAUGAACUGUAAUGAGAAAAAAAGAUGUUUAUCAGUUUGGUUGAUGUUGU